AUGGAAGGAUACAGAACAUGGGAAGGCAUAUGGGAGACACAUAAAAAGGAGAAGAGACAAGCGCUUAUUGCAGUGACAAAGUCACCAAAGAACACCACUUGCACUUCAACAGCAAAUUAUUCAAAAUUCUCGCGACGCGAAACGUUUUAUGCAAAGGCAGAUCAAAUUUGCUACGCGGUCUUAUGCGUAUUUUCGUUUGUAGCAACAGCAGGACGUGCAUCAUCAGCUCCAUCUAGCAGCAAUCAACAACAGCCACAAAAACCAUCAGAACCUUCCAGUGGAGAGUCCGCAGUAACGAUAAUGAGUGCAACAAAUAAUCUUGUUGCAUCCUAUUCCCCAUCCUCAUCUUCUACUCAUCAACAGUAA